AUGUAUAGGGUGUUGGUAGCCCCGUUUGAAAACACGGUGAUAAUGAUGUACACCCUUAAAGAUGCUUCUGAUUGGUGGCAUGUCUUAAACGACACCGUCGUAUGGCAGGAUCGAUUAUUUCACACUAUUGCCGCUCUUUAUGGCCUCGUUGCAAUCGUCGCAAUGAUGCAAUUGAUUCGAAUACAACAAAGAGUGCCAGAGUACGGUUGGACCACCCAGAAAGUCUUUCAUUUUCUCAAUUUCUUGGUUAAUGCAGUUAGAUGUUUCCUAUUUAUUUUUCGCCGUGAUAUUCAACACUUGAAGCCCGAGAUUGUUCAACAUAUCUUGCUUGAUGUGCCAAGUCUUGCGUUUUUCACUACCUACGCUCUCUUGGUCCUAUUCUGGGCAGAAAUCUACUACCAGGCACGCGGUGUUUCAACUGAUGGUCUUCGGCCCACUUUCUUUAUCAUCAAUGGAAUAAUCUAUGCAAUUCAGAUAUCUUUGUGGUUAGUAAUCUGGUGGAAGCCGGUCCGUGUUACAGUGAUCCUCUCCAAGAUGUUCUUUGCAGGGGUGUCUUUGUUUGCUGCCUUGGGCUUUCUGGUAUAUGGUGUAAGACUCUUUCUAAUGUUGCAACGAUUUCCUGUUGAAUCAAAAGGCCGGCGGAAGAAGUUGAAAGAGGUUGGAUAUGUGACAAGUAUCUGCUUUACAUGUUUCCUCACAAGAUGUGUGAUGAUGUGCAUGAACGCGUUCAAUACUGCUGCCAACUUGGAUGUGCUAGAACAUCCUGUUCUGAUCUUCAUAUACUACUUGUUGGUGGAGAUACUACCAUCGGCACUGGUUCUCUUUAUUUUGAAGAAGUUACCUCCUAAAAGAGGAAUAAAUCAAUAUCACAAUGUCCGUUGAGGAGAAUAGCAUGUCGAUAAGAAUAUAUUGCUUGCAAAAAGUAACCCUUGAUCACGGAACUAGAUAACCUAUUCAAUGGUUGAGCGAAUUAGAAGAAAGAAAGAAUAGAGGAGCCUAGUCCACACGGAGUCCAAAGAAUUCUUAAGUCCUCCAGCAGAAGUGAUAUCUAUAGUUCAAUGUUCAUAAUAUAUUGUCAUUGUAUUCAUUUCUCUGCCAUUCAAGAUGUUAAUCAAUGCUCAUUAUUUGUGAAGUGAAGUCUUCAAAAUAUAAGUUUAAGCAAUCCUUUUAUC